GCUACUGUGCAGUUAACUUGAGACCGCGAGCGGGAAAAGUAGCCCGCCAGUUUGAAUUAUUAAACAGCAAAUAAUUAUUAAUAAUAAAAUGACAACACUUUUAAGAAGAAUGUGGAAGAGUAACUCUAAGCACAAAAAGUUGAGUGAGGAAUGGGCGCUGGCUGAGUGUGAGGGAGAAGGCUGGUGGCGAGAGGCUCACGGAGGGCGGGGUCAGAGUGACGUGCGCUACGCGGGUGCUGCGCCCGUCGAACGAGCCGCCUCCGCGCCCGCCACCGCACUCGCUGUCCGCUCCGCUCUGCACACAGCUAAGACAUCAAAUAAGAAGCUUCAGAAGGUGAACCUGGACAUCAGCUCCAAGGGCAUCAUCGUGUCUGAUGCAGACUCUCAAGAGAAUGUGAUGAGUGUCUCCAUAUACAGGAUUUCCUAUUGUUCGGCGGACGCCGCGAAUGCCAGGGUGUUUGCAGUGGUGGAGGGGAAAACGGCGGGAGGGAGUAACGACACUCACGUGGUGCAUGUGUUUGUGUGCGCUAGAAGGAGACAAGCGCGCGCUCUAGCCCUCUCACUCGCACACGCCUUCAAUGAUGCCUACCAGGCUUGGCAGGCUAAUGAAGCCAGGUCCCUGCAGGCAGGAGGAAGACGUCGAGUGACUCCGUGGGUGGAGUUCGCCAGUGAGUCUGAUGAAGAAAGCGACAGUGAACCGACCUCGUCUCCAGAACCAUUGCCGUUGGUUACAUUUUGAAGAUUCACAAACUGAAGAUCUCAUUACCCGUCACCAUAUACCAAAAGUAAUUGGCAGUUUUCCGAAAAAGACAAGAUUAAUAAUUUCUUUUCUUUUAGUGUCCUUUUUGGGAUAUUCGUAACUAUCGGGAGUAACAAAUUUUUAAUUUACUAUCUAUUACUAAACACUACUUCUCAUGUUAGUUAUAUUACAUUAAAUUAUUCUUAUUUGCUUUGGCUGAAUUUAUGUAUCAUAAUGUAUCGAUAGAUAUUUUGUCCGUGGGUAAAAUGCGUAUGUAAUCCACGGACGAGUAAAAAAAGAAGUACUCCGCGCUGUGAUAUUUGCAAGUGAAGCACCGUUAUUCUAGUGUGUCUGCGGUUACGGGGGAUACAAGUUACACAAUUUUCUCCCUUAAAUAAUCAUAUAUGGCCACAAAUACUUAUAAAGUAUCGUUUUUACACUUUUACACAACGCACGACGGCAUUCUUAAAAUAUUUUAUUGAGACGCAAACUAAUCUGUCACAGACGAUGACAAUUCUCAUAAUGGCCGCCUAUCGGCAUGUAGUAGUGUAAGUGUGUGCGUGUGGCUAUGUAUUUACACAUUAAUCGGCUUGUUUUGGUGCUAUACUGUUAUGUAAGGUGACACGGAGUUCUUAGUUUUUUACUAGUCCGUGGUAUAAUCCUGGAUUUGAUAAAGACAACAAAAAACUUUUGAUAUUAUUGGCAGCACUAACUUACUAAUAGUUUUAUCGACGACACUGGCAAUAUUCAAGAAUCAUUUAGUUUUGCCAAUUAAUUUGCCAUUCAUAGACAAUAAAAUAUUUUAUUAUUAGCGGCAUAUUACUCUGCCGCCAUAUUUGUUUAUUUUCGAUAUUUUCGAAAGUCGAAUAUUUAAUUAUAAAGUUAUUGUCUACAUCUACGGCCGUUUACAAUAACCUAUCUAUCCUAAGUUUAACUUACUAGAGGUAGACAAAAAUAUCCUUUUACACUUACUUACAUUUCAAUAACCUAUCGACAGAUAGCAUUGGACUUUAACUAAUAAAGUAUAUUGGACAUAACUAUGGAUUGAUUAGACCUUGUCAUUAAACGGUGAUAACAGUCUAUCCGUAACUAGAGAUACGUUAUUGAAAACGGCCGUCUUCAAUCCGUUCGUCAAUCUUGAGAUGUAUCUGAAACAAUACCGGUCCUAAGCUUUAUGUUUAUAUAAAAGAUACGCGUACAAUAUUAUUUAGAAAUAUACUUUAUUCUUAAUGUAUCUAAGUUAAGCUAGGCUAAGUUAAGAUAAGUUCUAAUUUGUUUGUCCUUAUCGUCGUUAUUUUUUAUUACUUAUUAUCACUAUCAAGUAAAUGGACUGAAAUGAAAAUGUACUCCCUCAGGAUAAUUAUUCUAUUUUAUACAUAUAUUUUCUAGUUCCGUGGGUUGAUAUGAUAUUAUUAUGCGUUAUAUGAAGUUAUAUAUGUUAAUAUUAUACUAUUAUAAUACUUACGUGAAAAGGUUUUUUUAUGGUUAGAAAAAAGACACAACUUACAAUAGUGUUGUAAAAUAAUCAAGUUAAUGUUUCUCUAAACAAUCAUUUCCAGGGGAAUGAAUGCUUAUAUUUUUUUAACCGUUUCUUCCGCUUUUCUGAUUUUUUUUUAUUCAGAAAAAACUCUUUUCUCGAAAAAAUCUGAGAAUCUCGUUUCUGACCCUACGCUUCAGACUUCUCUGGCCUUUUUAUUCUAUUCUAUUUUUAUGUGGCUUCUGUGGAAUACAAACCACAAUUAAGCCAAUGUCUUGUCACAGUAGACUACUAAGAUUUGAGUGUGUGUCUAUGGACUGUAACGGUAAUGAUCGGUGCUAAAACUAAACAGAUUUAUUUUCUCAUAAAACCUGCUGUUAGACUGCAAAGGACAUACACAGAUAAAACAACUUCAAUUAUUAAAUAUAAGAACUUAGUGAUAUUUAUAAUUUAAUUGUUUUUAAUAUUGUAUUUAUAAUUUAUAUAAAAUAUUUAUAAAAGGAGUGAAAACUAGGGAGGAACUAGAGAAAUUUAGAAAUUAUAAAUAUUUUUGACAAUGUUAUGUCAUAAUAAUAAUAUCUAUCUGUUCCUCUAA